UGGAUACAAUUGCGGAAAUAUUUCUCAAUAAUUUCAGCCUCGGUAAAGCCAAUAACAUGUUUGUUCGUUAUCGUUUCGAUGUCAAAAAUCAUCUGAAGACUGGUGACAACACUCUGGAGGUGAAAUUCGCGUCACCAAUUCGAGCCGCUCUGGACUUGAGCUCCCAUUCCAACUACUCGAUUCCGCCCGAAUGUCCCGAUGCUGUGCAGAGUGGUGAAUGUCACAUUAACUUCUUGAGGAAAAUGCAAGCGUCGUUCUCAUGGGACUGGGGUCCCGCUUUUCCAUCCGUUGGAAUAUGGUUAGUAAUCAUACAGUGCGUUCAUUAUGUUGUGCACAUCAAAGUAAACAUGUCUGUAAAAAGUGGGGUUUCUAUUUUCGGUAUGUGGCUACCGCGAGAUAACUUCACUAUUUAUGUAUAG